UGUGGAAUGUUGUGAAGACCUUACCAGCUCCACAGUCGUAAACAGAAUACGUUUGGGACUAUUCUCUGUUGGAGACUAUACUUCAUCUGUCAAAGCAUUUCCACAUCUUCCAGAAUGAAUCCGGUUUACAGCCCCGUUCAACCUGGGGCUCCCUAUGGAAACCCUAAGAACAUGGCCUAUACAGGUUACCCUGCAGGAUACCCCACCGCUGCCCCAACUUACAACCCAAAUAUGUACCAGACCACCAGCCCCGGCUAUGCCCCAGCGACGCUUCUGAUGAAACAGGCCUGGCCUCAGACAUCGUCCUCUUGUGCCACGGAGGGUACCUUUCACCUCCCAGUGGACACUGGGACCGAGAACAGGACUUUCCAAGCUUCAUCAGCUGCAUUCAGGUAUACCGCUGGAACACCCUACAAGGUCCCUCCUACCCAGAGUAACAGCGCACCUCCUCCGUAUUCUCCAUCUCCAAAUCCUUACCAAACUGCUAUGUACCCUAUCCGAAGUGCCUAUCCACAGCAGAACCUAUAUGCCCAGGGAGCAUAUUACACACAGCCGGUGUAUGCAGCGCAGCCUCAUGUCAUCCAUCACACCACCGUGGUCCAGCCAAACAGCAUCCCGUCUGCUAUUUAUCCUGCCCCCGUGGCUGCCCAGAGGACUAACGGCGUGACCAUGGGGAUGGUAGCUGGGACCACCAUGGCAAUGUCAGCAGGCACUCUGUUGACCACUCCUCAGCACACUGCAAUUGGAGCACAUCCCGUCUCGGUGCCAACGUACAGGGCUCAAGGGACCCCUGCCUACAGCUAUGUACCUCCCCACUGGUAAUCUCAUUAGCCAAUCCACAUCUGGAGUCAAACAUUGUAUGCAACAACUCAAGUCUUACAUCGGUGCUGGAGCAGCGGUCUCAAGGCACCAAGUCUGUUAGCAAGAACACACAAAGUACAAAGGGUCACUCGAUGCAUUCUUAAGGGUUUUCGUUUUUGUUUUUUUUAAAGCUUGCUUCUGUUCAUCUUGGGUUUUCUUCCUUCCUUUCUUUUUCUGAAGCCAUUUCCCUCCCCUCGGGCCCAAGCUCUUGCCUCCUUUUGCUUCUUCCUCCACACCAUCGCCCUGGGAAUGGUUUCACGCUGCUGCAGAUGCUAAGCAAUACUCACGCUUCUCCGUUUUGCACCUUCCACCUCAUUCCUCAGUUCAAGAGUUGCAGACGUCUUUGGAUGUUGUGCAUUUCAUUCCUUAGAGUCCAUUUUGGUUUUGCAAGCAAGAAUGAUUGAUGUUCAGGGUUAGAAAGGGAGAGAGUGGAGAAGAAGAAAAAGCACAGCAUUGGCAGGUGUGUCUUUCCCCCAUUUCACUCCCAUUCAUAUCAUUCUACCUGUCUCUGUCUCAAUAUAUGUUGGAUUAUUACGCAAUAUGUGAAAAUGGGUGUCUUCCAGAUAGAUGUUGGAAUUAGAUUUACAGUUCAUUAUCUGUGCUGAAAGUUAGGACUUGUCCCCUCUUUCUUUCUUUUUUUAGAGGAAGGGAUGACACAAAUCAAGCCCCUUCUGUUGUAGGAAGCAGGAGAGCUGCUCGUCAUCUAGAGCUUUGGCUUGUGUGUAUUUUUACAUUGUGGUGUCUGUGCAUAUUUUACUCAUACACAUCACCCCAUUGCAACGGGAACAAGGAAAGCCUGAUGAGGGUGCAUGCUAGCAGGGGAUAACACAUUGACAAGAGCCAUUCUCUUGCUUUUAUAGGAGUUUAACAUCUUCCCAACUUGGAAGGUUUUGUGGAGGUUGAGGAGAGGUCAGUCAAGAGCAGAAAGGAAUGCAACUGCAACUAAAAGGAAAGAUUUUUGAGCCUGAAAGAUGUCAGGCUUGACCAGUUCAGUUCAGUUCAGUUCAGUAGCCUUUAUUUCAGUCAACAAACCUUCGGCUAAGUCAAGUGAAAGUAGAAUAAUGAAAUACAACAUUUGAGUAAUUAAUAACAUCACAUUUGGCUUAUGAUUAAUCAAAGCAAGUAUCACCAUUCGCUCUCAGCUUGACCAGUUGCUUCCAUAGAAUGAAAGAAGGAAUGCCCCUCAACUGCAAAUGUCUUCUGAUGACUAGUUUCAUGGACAGGUCACUCUACCAAUCUGCAAGUUCAAUCAAAGAUCUCCCCUGUAUAAAAUGUCCCAUUUCUGAACUUCUGAAACCUUUACAAGCUUUGGUUCCAUUUAGCAGCUCACUGCACCCGGUAGCACAGUGGGUUAAAACCACUGAGCUGUUGAGCUUGUUGACCGAAAGGUCGCCGGUUCAGAUCCGGGGAGCGGGAUGAGCUCCCACUGUUAGCCCCACCUUCUGCCAACUUAGCAGUUUGAAAACAUGGAAAUGUGAGUAGGUAAAUAGGUACUGCUCCAGCGGGAAGAUAAUGGUGCUCCAUGCAGUAAUGCGGACACAUGACCUUGGAGGUGUCUACGGACAACGCCGGCUCUUUGGCUUAGAAAUGAGUGUCAACCCCCAGAGUUGGACACGACUGGAUGAUGUCAGGGGAAAACCUUUACCUUUACCUCACACUUUUUGGUUCCAUAGUUUUUGCUUUCAGCAAGCAUUCUUUCCAUUCCCCAAAAGUCACAUUACUGACAUACACUCCAGUUUGCUUGUGUGAAAUGGUCCAAAUCUGCAGGGAGACACAUGAGGAGUCAGGAGCACUUUCCUUUUGGUGCCAAUGUAGAUACCUUUGGAUUGGUUGAAGUUACCAGGGGCCAAUUAGUUUGAAAUACAGCCCGAGUCAGUGGGGAAGAGAUGGUCUCCUAUCUGGGAAGGAGGCCUUUGGGGCCAAAGACAGGGGAGGUCAAGCAGAAACGAGAGAAGACUCUAUUGCAACAAGGUUAGGCUCUGCAAAUUUGGGACAACUCAAUCUGGGGGGCUGCUAACAAGCAU